AUGUCUGACACUGAACAAGUUGAAAUUGUUGAAGAAGUUGCUGUUGAAGAAACUUCUGGAUCCAUCACCAUUGAAGACGCUUUGAAGGCUGUCUUGAGAACCUCUUUGAUCCACGAUGGUUUGGCCAGAGGUUUGAGAGAAUCUACCAAGGCUUUGGCUAAGGGUGACGUUCAAAUGUGUGUCUUGUGUGACUCUGUUACUGAACAAGCUAUCAUCAAGUUGGUUGAAGCUUUGUGUAACGAACCAGAAAACAAGAUCCCAUUGAUCAAGGUUUCCGAUGCUAAGCAAUUGGGUGAAUGGGCUGGUUUGUGCCAAUUGGACCAAGAAGGUAACGCCAGAAAGGUCGUUGGUGCUUCCGUCGUCGUUGUCAAGAACUGGGGUGCUGACUCCGAAGAAAGAAACGUCUUGUUGGAAUACUUCUCUCAACAAUAA